CAAACGUCAACGUAAUGAAGACGUAUAUACAUAGUGAUGGAAGGCCGUCGCUGUUCCAGCCAUGCGAAAGUAAGAUUGCCGUGAAAACGACAGACAACGAUAUAUUCAUAGAGACUGCGAAUGACAAUAAACAAGGAUUAUCCAUAGAAGAUAAGGAGUUUGUGAAGAUGAUGGACCUAGAAUUUUGUCAGGACGAAACCGGUCAUUGGUCAGCACCUUUACCUUUUCGUACUCUGCGAGUUCGACUACCAAACAACAAAGCUGAGGCUUAUAGAAGAGCCAAGAGUCUAGACGCAUCAUUAAGACGGAACCCUACAAAACAGAAACACUGUAUGGAAUUCAUGAGAGGUAUUCUCGACAAAGGGCAUGCGGAGCUUGCACCAAGUCUACAAGAUGAAGAAGAAUGUUGGUAUUUACCAUUGUUUGGCGUCUAUCACCCAAAGAAAAAAGACAAGAUAAGAAUAGUCUUUGAUUCAUCAAGCAAACACGACGGUGUGUCAUUAAACAGUGUUCUUAUGAGUGGACCAGACCUAACUAACAGUUUAGCAGGAAUUCUCAUGAGAUUCAGGAAAGAGAAGGUUGCCAUCACCGGCGACAUAGAACAAAUGUUUUAUCAGUUUCGCGUCCACAACCAUCACCGAAACUACCUGAGAUUCCUGUGGUACAGGGACAAUGACUUUAGUAAACCAUUGACAGAGUAUCGUAUGUGCGUUCACGUAUUUGGAAACUCUCCAUCGCCAGCGGUGGCCACUUACGGCCUUCGUAGAAUAGCUCAGAAUGCAGCCGAAGUCCAUGGUGACGCAGUGUUUAACUUCGUAAAGAAUGACUUCUACGUAGACGAUGGUCUCACGUCACUAUCUUCAGAAGAUGAUGCAGUAGCUCUACUGACGAACACACAGAGAGCGCUUGAAGAAGAAGGCAGGCUGCGAUUCCACAAACUUGUAUCGAACAAUCCAAAGGUACUCGAACACUUUAAAGAGGAAGACCUAGCUAAGGCCUUGAAGACAGAAGAUUCACCAACCGAACGAAGCCUUGGACUGAGUUGGAAUCUGACCGAAGAUUGCUUUGUGUUUCAGUAUACGUUAGACAAGAAAAGCUACUACACAAAGCGGAAUGUACUCUCAACUAUAAAUAGACUGUACGACCCGUUGGGCUUCUUAUCUCCAUUUACCAUUUGUGGAAAGAUACUACUGCGAGAUAUCACAAGUAAAGUAAACGACUGGGAUGAACCGAUACCCGAGCCAUUGCGAAAGAAGUGGUUGUCAUGGUUUGAAUCCCUGCAAGACCUUCAAACGCUACGAAUACCACGUACAUAUUUCCCACAGCACGUAAGAUUCAACCCUGAAAGUGAGCUACAUGUAUUCUGCGAUGCAUCAGAGAAAGCCAUAGCAUCGGUUGCGUUUCUCAAGACAGUUACAGAGGACGGUAACAUUCAUGUUGGUUACGCGUUCGGAAAAGCUAAAGUAGCGCCAAAACACGGACAUACCAUACCGAGGCUCGAGCUAUGCGCUGCAGUCCUCGCCGUUGAGAUAACAGAAGCUGUAUCUGAAGAGCUGUCGAUUUCCCCUAGUAAGAUCACAUACUAUACAGAUAGCAAAGUGGUUCUUGGAUAUCUAAACAACCGGACCCGAAGAUUUUACAUCUAUGUCGAAAACAGAGUGUCCAGAAUUUUGAGAUUUUCUAAACCUUCUCAGUGGCUAUACAUAGAAACAUCAAAUAACCCUGCAGAUGAAGGAACCCGUGGUAUGAAACCUUCGGACUUAAAACAGUGUAUAUGGCUUUCUGGGGAACCAUUGUUGAGCAUAUCCAAUGACAUCAGCGCCAACUACCAGUUACAGAAUCCAGAUGACGACGUUGAAGUUCGCCCCAUAGUCAAGAGCAUGAAAACAGACAUAAGGCUUGGAGUCAGUCGGUUUGAGAAAUUCUCCAGCUGGAAAAGAUUGAUACUAGCAGUCGCAGUACUUAUUCGUUUUAUCAGACGCUUUAGGAAAGAAGCUUCUACCGCUGAUGAGAGUUCCAACGGUGAAGAGUCGAAGUCCAGAGCCAAGGAGUGUAUCAUUAAACAGAUACAGCAAGAAUCGUUCUCAAGAGAGAUUGGAUGUCUCACGAACAAGAAAACCUUACUGAAGGACAGUCAUGUUGUAAAACUGUCACCAUUCCUUGACGAACGUGGAAUACUUAGGGUAGGAGGGAGACUCAGGAAAUCCCAGUUAGCAGCUCGGGAAAAGAAUCCCAUACUAAUUCCUGGACGGUCCCACGUAGCUUUGUUAAUAGUACGCUUUUACCAUGAAGAAAUACACCAUCAAGGAAGACAUGUCACAGAAGGUGCAGUUAGAAGCGCAGGUUUCUGGAUCACCGGCGGAAAACGUAUGAUAGCGAAACUGAUCCAAGCCUGUGUCCCAUGUCGAAAGUUAAGAGGAAAAGUUACUUACCAAAAGAUGGCCGACUUACCUGUCGAUCAACUUACUCCAGCCCCGCCAUUUACCUUUGUCGGAGUGGACGUAUUCGGUCCAUGGAGCAUCGUCACGCGGCGUACCAGAGGCGGCAGUUCCUCAUCCAAGCGAUGGGCAGUACUCUUUACGUGCCUAGCCGUGAGAGCAGUUCAUAUCGAAGUCAUAGACGAAAUGUCGUCGUCGGCCUUCAUCAAUGCUGUCCGACGAUUCUUAGCCAUUCGAGGAAAGGUCAAAGUAUUUCGAUCAGACAGAGGUACCAAUUUCGUCGGCGCUACAGACGAUUUGAGUAUAGACGCCAUCAACGUCGAAGACCGGAAUGUUAAGAACUUCCUUGACGAUACAGGUACCACUUGGUUGUUCAACCCACCUCACGCAUCGCAUUUCGGUGGGGUUUGGGAACGCAUGAUAGGCGUAACUCGACGUAUCCUAGACGCUAUUCUACUAGAAAACAAGCAUAAACACCUAACGCAUGACGUUCUUUGUACAUUCAUGGCCGAGGUUUGUGCCAUCGUUAACGCAAGGCCUAUUGUUCCCGUUUCUACAGACCCAGAUGAUCCAUUCAUAUUGUCGCCAUCAGUGCUGUUGACCCAGAAGACGGCUGAUAGUUCAGUCGAUACCUAUCAAGACUUAGGUGUCAAGGACAUGUAUAAGGCACAAUGGAAAUGUGUACAAGUUCUCGCCGAGACAUUCUGGAAAAAAUGGAGGCGCGACUAUUUGUCUGGUUUACAGUCGCGACAAGUGUGGCAAGAUCAAUCAGAAGAUAUCAAGGAAGGUGACUUAGUACUCUUAAGAGACAAAUCAGUAGUGAGAAAUGAGUGGCCAGUUGGACUGGUUGAAACUGUUUACGCGAGUGAUGACGGUCUCGUAAGAAAAGUAGCCGUUAAAGUAAUUAAAGACAAUAAACCUACCGCGUAUAUUCGUCCGAUAGUUGAGCUUGUAAAGCUCUUAGAAUAACUGUGUAUGAGCUUAGAGCUCUUAGCAUAACUGUGUACAUGUAUGAAUUGUUACAGGUUUAAGAGUAGUUAUGUGUGAGUUUUAGAAGCUUAAAAUUACUUGUGUUCUACAUUAAGUAUUUUGAAGCGUACUUAAGUACAGUCUAGGAUUUUGAUUGUUUUCGUAAAUGCACAAUGCUAGUUUUGUUAUUUUAUGAUUCAGUUAAAGUCACUACUUUGAUAAUUCUGAUGUUUUGCAUAAACUUUGAAUAAUGUCACUCUUAUAUGAAUGCAUGCACUUUAUUUGUAUAAUGUCGUAACUUGCAAAAUUAUUUUUUUAAACCUUAGCAAAAUUAUGUUUUUGUGUUUAAAAUUUUUGGUAACUGUGAGUUAUAUGAUUGAUGUUUUGAAUCUUUUUUAUAAAUGAUUAUUAAUUUUGUUGUAUAGUGAUAUACUUCACAGAAUUAAAUCAGGCAGGGAGUGUGUUGUUGCACAGUAUGUUGUUACACAGAGUGCGCUCUAGAGGGUCUCAAGGAGAUCCCUCGAAGAGUCUUUGUGGUCUCUAGGAGACCUCCAAGAGUCGGAAUUUAUUAGUGGUAUAUGACCUUUAUCUAGCUAGAGUUAACUCCCUUGUUGGUUAUCACGCCAUUUGUAAUUUGUCAAAAGCAAAGGUCUUGGACCUUAAAAUCAAUAAUUAUCGGUAUUAUGGCCCCAUGGUUCUUUUACUCUCUGUGAGCAUCCGAUAUAACUGUGGCCAUCCAGUAUUUCCUAUGGUCAUCUGUCAUUGUCUCAGUGGACAUUCAAGUAUUAUCUGAUGUGUCAUCAAGAAAGAAUAAAGACAUAUAACAGUA